UUAUUAAACAUCGAUUUACAUAGUGUAAAAUACAAUGGUAUAAUGCAGCCAUUUGAAAUUUCACGACACAAGUAUUUUGUGACGCCGGUAGAGAAGAAUUUGGAUGUGCAGGAUUUCGGAGACAAUAAGCUAAUACAUAUUCAGGAGAAUCAUUUGUAGAGGAAAGGAUUUGUUUUUAAAACUAAACACAUCAAGAACUUUAAAAUGAAGUCAAAUGAAGAUAAAGUAACAGUGCAACCUGAAGAUACAGUUAAAGAGGUUUUGGAUAAAAUUAUCAAUCAGGUGAAAGAGAUCUACAAUCUUCAUGUAAAAGGACGAGACAUAAGCAGAAAGAGGGUAAAAUCGGUAGUCUCAUUGCUAGAUAAGUUGAAUAUAGAUGAUAAUGGUUUGGUCGGAAUUGUAAAUGAGACAUCUACAAAAUCGGAGUAUACAAAUAUUAUUUACAUUGCCAUCGAGAAUUACGUCCCACAGUUGGAGACAUUCUUGGAGAGCUUGAUUGAAAGAUACCCAAAGCUGAUAUGUCUUCCGCGUAAGGACGAAAAAUACUACGGACACACCGCCUUCCACAUGGCAGUUUGCAAAAAUUACCAAAAGUUGGCCAAAAAAAUGCUUGACACGAUUGGGCGCGUUGAUAAAGAGGAAUUAUUCAGAGAAUGCGCAACAGGGAGAAACUUUAAGCAAACUGUGAUGAUCGGAGAACUGCCUCUGUUCACUGCUGCGUUGUCGUUUAACAUAGAAAUGUUUGAAAUUUUGCUGAAUAAAGGGGCGGAUUUAUAUGAAACAAACUCAACGAAAGACGAUAUAUACCAUGCGCUUAUUAGGUAUGCUCACUAUUAUCCGAACAAAGAAGACGAAGUCAUCGAAUUCCUAAGAUUGAUCAUGGCUAAAGUCGAAAGGACACGAAAUGCUGAUGUUGGGGAAAAUGCAGAUACAUUCGAUGACUCCUCAAAGGGAUCGAAAUCUACCGAUACAACCAAACUAGGACACGACCAAACCAAAGACACUUCGAAAGAACUGAAGCAUGCAGAUAAAACCAAACAAGAAGACCAAAACAACGAACCGUCGCAGGAACCGAUGACUGCAACUUCAAAUAAACAAGAAGAACACCCAACUAAGGAGUCGUCGAAUAAAUUGGAGCAUGCAAAUUCAAUCAAACAAGAUAAAUACCCCAAAAAAGACACGUCGCCCGGCGAACUCUGGAGUUGGAGAAACAAUUCGGGCCUGAACCCGUUAGAACUAGCGACAAAGUAUGGUCUUUGUAAAAUAUUUGGGAUGAUUUACAACUCGGAGCCGUACUUUAUUGAACAGGGAAACGAUGGCCUGAACGACAUAAAAACGUAUGAUAUCACGGAAUUGGACCCUGUUUUACAAAGCACUGCUCGUGAUCACCCUGCAGAUUCAGGAUCCCUCCUGCAGUUCCUUUUCGAAAUUCACCCUUCGCAGGCAUUCCCAUUCAUCCGUACGCCUCAGAUCAGCAAAAUUAUUCAUAAGAAAUGGAAAUACUACCGAAUUAUUGUGUAUAUUUGGUUCAUUUUGCACUUAGUAUUCAUGGGCUUCCUCACGUGGUAUGCAAUUAAAAGAUCGAAACAGAAUGCCAAUGACGAGGAGGAGAAUAGAAGUAUAACUGUUAGAGUUUUUGCUUUUAUUGCCUUGAUUUGGGGGAUUAUUUACGCUUUGCCCGAAAUUGUAAAAGUCAUCAUACAUGGCGUUCCUUGCAAAAGAAAAGGAAUCAGAUCGAAACUGGCAAUCGGAAAGGAAUUAGAUCGAAGCGUGCAAAAGCGAACAAAUCAGAUCAAAGUUUGCGAUGAAAAGGAAUCAGAUCGAAGAGUAAGCAUCUCAUAUUCAAAUUGUAUACGGAAAUAUUUGCGUACCAUUUGGAAAUGGGCCAAAACCGCAAAACCGAAUCCCUACAGUUGUGAAUCCUACAGAUGGUUGAUGACGCUAUUUUCAAUAAGUCUUAUUUUAGAUAUUGCAUUGCUGAUGCAUUCAGAUUUAGAAUACGAACAAUACUGUUUAUACAUCUCAAUGAUUUUUGGAUGGCUGUUCGUUAUAUUCUUCCUCAGAGUUUUCAAGUAUUUCAGUUUCUUUGGUGUUUUUCUUCAACAGGUGAUUUUUGGCGAUGUAAUUCGGUUUAUAUUCAUAUUUCUCCUUAUAAUUCUUGGAUUCGGGACGGCGAUGUAUAUGGCAGUUCAGGGCUCGUCUUCUACAGAAGAUGACGGAUAUUCCACCUUCGGCAAAACCUUGAUCUCGAUGAUAACACUGAUAGCUGGAUUAGGAGACCCGCCAAGUUUUUACGAUACUAGACGCCCCGGAAUAUGCGUCGCCAUCUUUAUACUUUACAUUCUCAUGGCAACUGUAGUCAUUCUGAAUGCUCUGAUCGCUAUGAUGGGAACAACAUGCUCGGAACUCGUUGGAAAUGUUGGAAAUAAACAUACUCACGAUCGACAUUGGACAUUCGAACGUCUCUCAGUGAUCUUGUUCUUCGAAAGCAUCUUCCCUGAAAAAUGGAUCAAGAGGGUCGGAAAGGAGGUCAAAACGAACAGGGAAACGAGGCGACAUCUAGAAAUUCGUUCCUUAAAAGAUUUAGACAGCAAGGAGAUCGUUGAUGAGAGAGCAAAUAUACAUACAACUAAAGAUUUGCCAAGAGCCCAAAACAAUAAAAAUGCAACGAUGGACAUUUAUCACAUCAACCAAUGUGAGCAUUACAAACCUUACGAAAUCACCAGGUCUCCUUUUAUUUGUCCCCAGGAUUCCCUAAGUAAUGACUGAAACUAAUUCUGCCGCACCGCAGUUAUUAUACAAUUUAUCAUUUAUGCUCGAACAUACAUACUUUUAUGCACGAAAGAGUUGCGUGUUUUAAAAGCUGCAUUUUAAUGUAGAGUGAAAAUUCGUUACUAUUAAUGAAUGUAAAAAAAUCAUAUGCCUUUAAAUUUGUUUCAUGGUAUCUUUGAAACCGUCUUUGGCUGGCUCGAAAUGUUUUGGCAUGUGACGUCAAUUUCUUCAAAUAUUUUACAUACGUAAUCAUUUGGAAGAAAAUAUUAACUAACGGAUGUCGCUUUUAUAUUUGAUAAUGUUUUCUAUAUGUGUUCCCAGGUUAAGUACAAUGAUGCUUUUUAUUAUGAAACUCUAUGAUCACACAGUUUUUAACCUUUUAUUUUCUAAGGCAGACUAUGUGGGAUGCUCAUAGUUUCAAACAAUGACUGCAUCGUAUCUUUGAAACGUGUUUGCAUGAAGUACUCUGAAUUGUAUUCCUCUUUCUGCAGAUAGAGUUCGGAUCUCUAAUCAAUGAAGUACUUGGGGUUUACCUUUUAGUAUAUUAUUAUAUGUUUUAUUUUAAAGUUAAUUCAUAUUAGAUUAGAUUAGAUUUACCUUUUUACGGUUUUUUUCUUUAUUCAGAAUUGUUGGGAUGAGAGUGAGGUUUGUGCAAGUAAACUGGUUUAAUCCCCCAAUAAAUUUACAUUUUACUGACCGUUCCAAGGCAGUACCCAACAAACCUUGAUAAAUAUACCUAGUAUUUUUAGUAUAUAUGCACUGUGCUGUUUGUGGAGUUUUGUGCUUUUCUUCCAUGUUUAUGAUCUUUGUGUUUGUGUUCCAUGUCAUUAGCGUUUACCAUGUGCCAUUAAACGGGGUUUAUGUUUAAACUUUUGGCUACUGAACUUGUUUCUGUAGUUUUUCACAUAAGUAUUAAAUUAAUUUCCUGACUAUAAAAAUGCAAAUAUCUUUUUUUAAAGUAAUUGCAAUCACCACAAAUCCACACAACAUUGUAGAUUGAGUAGUAUUGACUAUUUUGACACACAAACAUAUUUAUUUUGCAUAAAGACAUUUCCGUAAACGAUGCAUUGGAAUCCUUAUAAAAUCUUUGGUAAAAUUUGGUCAACUCGUAAGUACACCAUGUUAUAACAAGUGUAUGUAUUAUGCUAGCAUAAUAUUAAACUUUAAAGCUAAAUUAAAAGUGAUUUUUUUUAAAUAUUUUUUUCUGCUUUGGUCCUUAAGACGACUGUGGAUAUCCAUUCAGUGUAACUAUUUCAACCUCUUCAUAAUAAGAUAAACAUUAUUUAUCUAAACUUCUAAAUGUACUAAUUAUUUAUAUUUUAGCCAAUUUGUUAUUGCUUGAUUUUAUUAUUAAAGUUGUAUUCUAAAUGUUGUUACCAUACGUUGAAGGUGUUUUCAC